AUGGCAGACGCAGUGGUUGCAUUUGGUUUGCAUUUUCUCUGGGAGCUUCUCAUUCGAGAAUCCAAUCGGCUCAAAGCAGUCCAAGAACAAGCCACCGAGCUGCAAAACGAUCUGAGACGGCUAAAAUCUUUCGUGAAAGACGCAGAAGCAAGAGCGAGAGAGUUAAGACUUGCGUACAAGAGAUCGUUAGGGAUCAAGAAGCAUUUAAAGAGAGUUUCUUGCAUCACAUUUGCUCAUCAGAAGCUUAGCUCUCAGAUCAGAGGCAUAAGCAGAAGGAUCUCCAAGGUUAUAGACAAUAUGGAGACGUUUGGAGUUAGAGAGAUUAUAAACAAAGUUGAAGAAGAAGAAGAUCAAGAGACUUUACCGGAAAGAGUUAUGAGUGUUGAGAAACUAGUUGGUCAUCUCGUGGAAGAGAAUGGAGUUCAAGUUGUUUCUGUUUGCGGUAUGGGCGGCAUUGGGAAAACAACUCUUGCAAGACAAGUUUUUCAUCAUGAGAAGGUCCGGCGUCGUUUCAAUGGAUUUGCUUGGGUGUUUGUUUCACAAGAGUGUAGGCAAAAGCAUGUGUGGCGAGGGAUAUUACAGAGCCUUAUGCCGAAAAACGAGGAACAAAGAAUUGUGGAAAUGACAGUUUCUGGACUACAAGAUGAGCUCUUUAAACUACUUGAAACUUAG